AUGGCAUCAGAGGACGAGUCGCAAACCCCGGAUCAUCAUCAUGACGAAAAGGAUUGGGAGGCGCAUAAAGAAAUCUUUCGGGUUUGUUAUAUCGACCAAAACAUGACCAGGAAGGAUGCCGCGCAACAUCUCAAAGAGCAACAUGGCUUUGAUGCCACUCCACGCCAGUGGGAGCGCAAGAUCAAGCAAUGGAACUUCUCAAAGUACUCGAGUCGAGAGGAAAGACUAAGUCAGAUCGCGCAGACUGGCAAAACGAUAUUCGAGGUCGGCCGUCCGGGUCGACGGCCUCGUGGUCACACAGACGAACAUGGCAGGCUUCAUCCCAAUGAAGAUCGGAAUCUGCGUCGAUUUGCGCGUCGCGAAGCUAGUCGCUCAAGGUCGCGGUCCCGGUCGACCUCGUUCACAGAACGAACACGUCCUCAAUUUCAGCAGGACUUGCCAGAAACAUCAUCUCAUGCGAUCACUGAUCAAACAUUCAAUCUUCAUCUGGGAAAUCCCACGUCGUUCCACCCACCAAGUAAUGGGUUUACUGUCAACGCGAUUCCAGCAGCCGGGCAACCGGAGCAGCCAGUGCAGCUACACUUGCUACAAAAUCAGCAGCCCUCGCCCUUUGACAACCUCGACGAUUCGGGUCUCUUUUUGACCAUCGAUGACAAUCAAUAUGGCUCAUCUAGUGGACAAGACGCGUUUCCAGCAUUUACUGAAGAGUUGAUGCAGCUCGGGGACCCAUUAGGAGGCAAUGGGCGAAACCCAAGCAUACAAUUCCCACUGCAACAGAAUACCACAGUCAAUUAUCCCUUAGAUCCGGCCAUGGAUGUCCCCGUGGACUUUGCUCAAUUUGGCAUGGCAGAAGAUAAUUUACCGAUGGAUACAUCUAUCUUAAACAACAAUAACAACUUGAUGGGCGAACAGCAGCUAUACCCUGAUACUACGCAAAUGCCAUCAGACGCCAACGAGAUGGGAGGGUCGAUACUCAAUUCUAUCCCCGUUCUCACCUUCGAUGUAGUAGAUACGGAUGCCGCAAGUACUCUGCCGACAGCUGUUCCAAAUGACUUUCAAGAAAUAGGCGACAUCAACAACGAUGGAUCUCAUGCCACUCCUAACAGCAGUGGCCCUCUGCAGAAUGAUGUGAUGCCUCUCGUUGAUGAGUAUAUUGGAGCAGUACAAACUGCGGCAAUGUGGUUCGUGAGCAACCAGCUCUACGGCGAUGCAUCAACAGAGAAGCUGAGCGACAACAUCGAUCAAUCCGGACGAAUAUUCAAGGCGCGAAUGGAAGUGAUGCUAGAAAACUAUGCUAUGUCACAGCAACGAGCUCUCCAAGCUAUGAGAGACCGAUGUAACAAAUUGAAGAAGAAAAAUGAGAAGCUGGAAGAAAAGAUCAAUAGAACUGAUCAGCUGAGUACCGAAACGGCGUUGACUCCUCUUUCCCACACUCCUUCGCAGGCACUACAGUCACCAAACUAUGCCAUACCAUAUUCAACUGGCUUCUGA